AAUGAAACUACUACCUCUCCACUUUUAAGUCAUGCAUCACUGGUGACAGUAGUAGUAGAGUAGAGUAUCAUUUUUCAGUCUAUCCUUCUUUUAUGUCGCCGUCAUGGACCGACUUGCCCCUCCUUUGUUAUGGACUGCCGAAGAUGAUUUUCUCCUCAAGAACGCCAUUGAGAAUGGAGCUUCACUGCAAUCGUUGGCUAAAGGUGCUGUUUCUUUCUCUAGGAGGUACUCAUUCACAGAGCUGAGAGAACGUUGGCGUUCUAUGCUCUUUGAUCCCGAUGUUGCAAAGGAAGCUGCUGCUUCCAUGGCCAAAUUUGAGAUAGCCAAAUAUAAGGCUAAAAAAAUCAAAAAAGCAGCCUCAAAAGACGUUGUUCCGAAGAGGAAAGCUCAAAACAUUCGCAGGCACUACUACGCCAUGCGCAAGAGGAUUCGCAAAGAGGCUUCUUUUAUGAAUAAAGAUGAAAAAGAUGAGACCGACACAGUUAAGCAGUCUGAUGGUGAUGUGAUGUCCAGUCAUGAUUCAUUUGCUAAGUUGGAGGUUAAUUCCAGUUCGUCAGGCAUCAAUCAAGGUGAUUCAACUUUUGUUUUUGAUUGUGGAAAUGAAGCUCAAUCGUCUGGUGCAGCAAAAGGUUCUCACCCUUAACCUGCAAAUCAAUUUAGGUUAUGUUCAUUAAACAUUAAGGACCCUAACGUCCAUUUAUGUUGCUAAUGUUUGGUAAGUAGUCCAAUUUGAGUGGGCUAAUUUAGCUUCUUCAAAAAAAUGUUUGGUAAGUAGCGGUUGAAUUUUCUAUUAUUGGAUUAAACAAAGUAGUCAUUUGAUGUGUUAUCAUAUUUAUCAUUUUAUAAUUUCUAUCUUCCAUUAUUCGGUUUGGUGUUUCGAAGACUGAAGAAUGGUGUUAGUAAC